AUGUGCUUACUCACAUUACCGACUGAGCUACUGUUGUCAAUACCCACAUUUCUCCAGACAGAAAAAGAUAUAAGCUCGAUGUCCCGAUGCUCUACUCGGCUUCAUACCAUACUGACACCAUGGUUGUAUCGAUAUAAUUCUCGACACGGCGCAAGCUCCUCCCUCUUAUGGGCUGUCAAGACUGGGAACGAGUCAACAGCUCGACUUUCCAUCAGAGAGGGAGGUGAUCCUGCUAUCAGAGACGACAGUGGCUGGUCCCUGUUAUCUCGAGCUGCACACAACGGACACCUAGCAGUGGUGAAGACCCUCGUUGAUACGGGAAAAGUCGAGGUGAAUUUGAAAGAUACCGAGGGUCGGACGGCCCUGUUCUGGGCUGCGGCAAAUGGACACGACGCUGUGGUGAAGUUUCUGAUUGAGCAAUCAGCAGAUCCAAGCUCCGUGGAUGCUGUUGGGUGGACAGUCCUGUUUUUACCUGCAGCAAAUGGGCAUAGUUGCGUGGUGGAGCAAUUACUCGCAACAGGACGAGUGGAUGUGGACUCUAGAGACGCAGAGGGUCGGACGCCGUUAUACAUGGCCGCAGCCAAGGGUCAUGAGGCUGUUGUGAGACUAUUGGUUCAGCACGGCAAAGUGAAUCUAGCAUCCAAAGAUUGUCAGGGCCGGUCAUUGUCAUAUUGGCCCAUGGUAAAUGGGUACAAGCAUGUGAGACAAAUACUGCUCGACGCUGAAGCGACCCAUGCAAUCACCCCCAUGGUUGUUACCACGGUUAUCUGA